AUGUCCGACGGUCUCAAUGACGCCCGAGCUAUUCGCAUAGCCGAAAUCAUGACCGACUUCCGCAAUCUUCAACACUACCUCAGUCAACUUCGUGCCACGCCUACAGCAGAGGAAUACUACCUCGAAGGUUUCUCCCUGAUGCGCCAGUGCAUCAGUGAGGCCCACACCAUCCUCCAAACGCCCUUCAAUGCAACUGGCCCUGCGACAGGGGAUCCAGAGAGAGAGAAGCAGCAACUGAAGACAAUCAUCACAGAUUCAGCCGUCCGCCGCUUCCAAUGCCAAAGAGCAUAUCUGCGCGCCCAUGCUGGUCUCCGCUGGAUGCACUCGCGAACCAAUAUCCUUCAGGGUGCAAGGCCAAAUGCAUCUCACAUCGCUGCCCUGCAACAAGCCGACUCCACCCUCCGCAAUGAGCUUCUCGCAAUCACCGACGCGUACGUUCAGGAGACGUUGCAGAACCAGGACGCGAGCCAGGGGAAAUGGUUACAGGAAGAUCCGACCCUGGCACAGAUGCAACAAGUUCUUUUGGCCCGACGAUGA